AUGGCCGAAAUGAAAUAUCUUCCUGAUUUGACUAGUGAAAGAUCACUUCGGCGCAACAAUUCUACAAUUAUUAGGGACGCAAUUGUACCAGUUUCAGAAUUUCCAAAAGCAGGUGAAGAUUAUGACCUUGGUUUAGCUAUCUCAAUUUUACAAGGACUUAGAGAAAGGACCAUUCCUGAUGCACCUGAAGAUUAUGUAAUCAUUUAUACCGGAUGCUGGGAUAAUGAGCCAGAUAAUCGUCCAUCAAUGAGUCAAACCAGUAGUCGUUCGUUUGAAGGACAAUUAGUCCCAUACUCAACUUAUGUUGUUCGUAAGUCGCUAACCACAUUAAGAAAAGGAACGUCAUACUCCUGUGUCGGUGUUUGGCAAAAUGACAGUGUUGAAAUUAUUGCUAAUGAUCAGGAUAAUCGUACAACGCCUUCAUAUGUUGUUUUCACUGAAACGGAAUGGCUUUUUGGAAAUGCUGCUAGAAAUCAAGUUGGUAUGAAUCCUUAUAUUUUUAUAUUUAAUGCCAAACGCUUUAUUAGUCACAGAUAUGAUGAAUGGAACGUUCAAUCUGAUAUGAAGGCAUCAUUUGCCUUUAAAGUUGUUGAUAAGACAUAUUUCAAUAACGCUCAAAGUCAAGCUAUAGGAAAUGCAAGUGAAAUUGCCAGUUUAAACGUACCUCGUAUAAUUAAUGAGGCAACUUUAGCAGCUAUUGCUUAUGGUGAGGGCACUUUAGAUAUCUCCAUCCUAAAUAUUCAAGGUGGAAUUUUAGAAGUAAAGGCUGUUGCUGGUUACAAACAUCUUGGUAGUGAAGAUUUCAACCAUCGGUACAAUGAAACCUAUUUAAAAAAUACUCUGAUAUCUAGAAUCGACAAAAAACAAGUUCACGAAAUUUUUCUAGAAGGUGCUUAUACACGCAUUCCUAAAAUUCAAAAUAUGAUAUCAGAGUUCUUCAAUGGUAAAGAAUUAAAUAAAUUCUUUAUUCCCGGUGAAGUAAUAGCAUACGGUGCUGCAGUUCAAGCUGGUAUUUUAUCUGCUGAAAAGACUAAAGUUUUAAUGUUACUCAAUGUUGCUGCUUUAUCUCUCAGCAUUGAAACCGCCGGUGGUGUCAUGAAACCGCUUAUUAAGCGUAAUACUACGCUUACUUGGCACACAUUUGAUAUUAAUCAAAAUAGUAUUUUAAACGUAUCCGCUGUUGAUAUAAUAACUGGAAGAUCUAAUAAAAUAACCGUUACAGAAGAAACUUUUCGAUUGUCAGAAAGAAUUCGAACGUAUGUCAAGAGAUUUCAUGAAAAUAAUGAGAAAGUUGCAAAAUCAAUCAAGCACGAAAUCCAUUGGAAAAUUAUGCAUAUAAUUGCGACGAGAAAUUUACCGGAUUUUGAAUUUCCUAGUGAAUCCAAUGACUCUUAUGUUUGCUUCCUAAAUAGCGUACUAAAAGAUGAUCGAGUUGUUCAAGGGUUAAAAGAUAAGCGCUGUUUCCCCAAUUCAUAUACGAGUAGUUUAAAGAAGAUAUCCGAUCUAUUCGACCCUAAUAACUUUGUUUUUCUGACUGUAUUUGGCGGAAAUGGAAACACAGAUGUCUUUCUUCAUUCCAGCCUUUUAGAGCACGUAUCACGUUUAUCGAGUAUUGGAUUCAAUCAUAUAGUCAAUGAAACAUUAUUUACUAAGUGCGCUAAAAAGAUUGAGGAUUUGCAAAAUGAGCAACCUCCAUCUGACAUACGCUAUCGAGGCUUUACAUUGGUUGAUCAUCUCUAUAAAAAUAUCAAGUCUUUUAAUUUAGAAAACAUAAGCAGAUUUUUAAUCUUUCCAAUUACUGAAAGUUUGGACGAACCUUACAAGCCACACUAUAAUAAAAAGCACGUUCAGGUUUUCGGUAGUUUGAAUAUGAUAAUCCUCCUCAAGUAUAAAGUUGUCGCAUGGAGUAAAAUAUUGCUGAUUGCGGAAGAUGUCAUACCACCUUCACAUAUACUCCAAAUACAUCAAUCAUUUGGCAUUUGGAACGGUUGGGCUGAUAAAUUCCAACAUGACGUUUUUGAAAUUUAUAAAUGGCUCGAUGAAGAAACGGUAAACGAGGGUAUCGAUUUGUCGUACAUUCAAAAUGAGAGAUUAUUCCUUAAUUUCAACAUUGAUCAAAAUCCGUUCAACAACGAUAAUUGGGUUAGCGCAAACAAUUUAGUAUUAAACCGUGAGCGAGGUGAUGACCAGUAUGUUAAUCCAAGGCUUGCCAUGUAUCCUAAUAUGCUCAAAAGUGCUGGUGUCAAAGAAAUAAAACCACCCAAUUUUGAAAUAAAGGUCAGACGACACGAUCAGUCAAGCAUAAACAGAACUAGAGCAUUUGAUUUUCUAUUAGAUCAGACAUCCCCUUGA